GUUUACCAAAAGAGAGGCACCGUUGGAACACUAAUGAGAGAUCAUGAUGCAGCCGUCCUUUUGGAUUUCUUUUUAAUAAUGUGUGACCCUUCACCUUUGAUCCCCUGACCUGCAUUACCUUGGAAAUUGCAGCUUAUUUAAUAACAUUUGAGAAACACGAAGAAUGGCUAACCACAUCCCCUAAGACAAGACCACAGAAUGGCUCAAUGAUUCUCUACAACAGGAAGAAAGUGAAAUACAGGAAAGAUGGAUAUUGCUGGAAAAAGAGGAAAGAUGGGAAAACGACCCGAGAAGACCACAUGAAACUCAAGGUCCAGGGAGUCGAGUGCUUGUACGGCUGCUAUGUCCAUUCCUCCAUCAUCCCCACCUUCCACCGGAGGUGCUACUGGCUCCUUCAGAACCCCGACAUCGUGCUGGUGCACUACCUGAACGUCCCGGCCAUCGAGGACUGCGGCAAGCCCUGCGGCCCCAUCCUCUGCUCCAUCAACACCGACAAGAAGGAGUGGGCAAAAUGGACGAAGGAGGAGCUCAUCGGACAGCUGAAACCCAUGUUCCAUGGCAUCAAGUGGACCUGUAGCAACGGGAACAGCAGCUCGGGCUUCUCGGUGGAGCAGUUGGUCCAGCAGAUCCUCGACAGCCACCAGACCAAGCCCCAGCCUCGGACGCACAACUGCCUGUGCACGGGCAGCCUGGGAGCGGGCAGCAGCGUGCACCACAAGUGUAACAGCGCCAAGCACCGCAUCAUCUCGCCGAAGGUGGAGCCCCGGAGCGGGGGCUACGGGGGCCCCGCGGAGGUGCAGCACAACGACGUGUCGGAGGGCAAGCACGAGCCGGGCCACGGCAAGAGCGCCAGCCGGGAGAAGCGGAAUGGCAAGGUGGCCAAGCCCGCGCUGCUGCACCAGAGCAGCACCGAGGUGUCGUCCACCAACCAGGUGGAGGUCCCCGACACCACCCAGAGCUCCCCGGUGUCCAUCAGCAGCGGCCUCAACAGCGACCCCGACAUGGUGGACAGCCCCGUGGUCACGGGCGUGUCCAGCAUGGCGGUGGCCUCCGUGAUGGGAGGCUUGUCCCAGAGCGCCACGGUGUUCAUGUCCGAGGUCACCAGCGAGGCCGUGUACACCAUGUCCCCCACGGCCGGCCCCAACCACCACCUCCUCUCGCCGGACGCUUCUCAGGGCCUCGUCCUCGCCGUGAGCUCCGACGGCCACAAGUUUGCCUUUCCUACCGCGGGCAGCUCGGAGGGCCUGUCCAUGCUGCCCAGCAACGUGUCCGAAGAGCUGGUCCUCUCCACCACCCUCGACGGUGGCCGGAAGAUUCCAGAGACCACCAUGAACUUUGACCCUGACUGCUUCCUCAAUAACCCCAAGCAGGGCCAGACGUACGGGGGCGGGGGCCUGAAGGUGGAGAUGGUGAGCGCCAACAUCCGCCACUCGCCGCCCGCCGAGCGGGGCUUCGGCUUCACCGGCGUCCUCGCCAAGGAGAUCAAGACCGAGGACACGUCCUUCGAGCAGCAGAUGGCCAAGGAGGCCUACUCGUCCUCGGCGGCGGCCGCGGGCUCCGGCUCCCUCACGCUGAGCGCCGGCUCCAGCCUCCUGCCGUCGGGGGGCGGCCUGAGCCCCAGCACCACCCUGGAGCAGAUGGACUUCAGCGCCAUCGACUCCAACAAGGACUACGCGGCCGGCUUCAGCCAGCCUGGCCACAGCCCCCACAUCCACCAGACCCCGUCCCCCAGCUUCUUCCUGCAGGACGCCAGCAAGCCCCUCCCCCUCGAGCAGAACGCCCACGGCGGCCUGAGCGACUCGGGGGGUGCCUUCGUGAUGCCCACGGUGAAGACCGAGGCCUCCUCGCAGACCAGCUCCUGCAGCGGCCACGUGGAGCCCCGGCUGGGCGCGGCCUCCUCGCUGCACCUCAUGCAGUUCCAGGCCAAUUUCCAAGCCAUGGCGGACGGGGAGGUCACCAUGGAAACCUCGCAGGCCGCCGAGGGGGGCGAGGUGCUGCUCAAGUCCGGGGAGCUGCAGGCCUGUGGCUCGGAGCACUACCUGCAGCCCGAGAGCAACGGGGUGAUCCGCACCGCGGGCGGGGUCCCCAUCCUCCAAAGCAACGUGGUCCAGGGGCUCUACCCGGUGGCCCAGCCCAGCCUGGGCCACGCCUCCAACAUGGAGCUCAGCCUGGACCACUUCGACAUCUCCUUCAGCAACCAGUUCUCCGACCUGAUCAACGACUUCAUCUCGGUGGAGGGGGGCGGCAGCACCAUCUACGGGCACCAGCUGGCGUCGGGGGGCAGCGCGGCGCUCUCGCAGUCGGAAGACGGGGCGCGCGCCCCCUUCACCCAGGCCGAGAUGUGUGUCCCUUGCUGCAGCCCCCAGCAGGGCAGCCUGCAGCUGAGCAGCGCGGAGGGCGGGGCCGGCACCAUGGCCUACAUGCACGUGGCCGAAGUGGUCUCAGCCGCCUCCGCCCAGGGCACCCUGGGGAUCCUCCAGCAGAGCGGACGGCUGUUCAUGGUGACUGACUAUUCCCCAGAGUGGUCCUACCCCGAGGGAGGAGUGAAGGUCCUCAUCACAGGCCCGUGGCAGGAAGCCAGCAAUAACUACAGCUGCCUGUUCGACCAGAUCUCAGUGCCUGCAUCCUUGAUCCAGCCCGGGGUGCUGCGCUGCUAUUGCCCAGCCCAUGACACGGGUCUGGUGACCCUACAAGUUGCCUUCAACAACCAGAUCAUCUCCAACUCGGUGGUGUUUGAGUACAAAGCUCGGGCUCUGCCCACACUCCCUUCCUCCCAGCACGACUGGCUGUCCUUGGACGAUAACCAGUUCAGGAUGUCCAUCCUGGAGCGACUGGAGCAGAUGGAGAGGAGAAUGGCCGAGAUGACCGGCUCCCAGCAGCACAAACAGGCGAGCGGAGGAGGCAGUAGUGGCAGCAGCGGCGGCAGCGGAAGCGGGAACGGAGCCAGCCAAGCUCAGUGUGCCUCCGGGACUGGGACCCUGGGGAGCUGCUUCGAGAGUCGCGUGGUCGUCGUCUGUGAGAAGAUGAUGAGCCGAGCCUGCUGGGCGAAGUCCAAGCAUUUGAUCCACUCAAAGACUUUCCGUGGGAUGACCCUCUUACACCUGGCUGCUGCCCAGGGCUAUGCCACCCUGAUCCAGACCCUCAUCAAAUGGCGUACGAAGCAUGCAGAUAGCAUUGAUUUGGAGCUGGAAGUCGACCCCUUGAAUGUGGACCACUUCUCUUGUACUCCUCUGAUGUGGGCCUGCGCCCUGGGGCACCUGGAGGCUGCUGUGGUGCUGUACAAGUGGGACCGGCGGGCCAUCUCCAUCCCGGACUCUCUGGGAAGGCUGCCCUUGGGAAUUGCCAGGUCAAGGGGCCACGUGAAAUUGGCAGAGUGUCUGGAGCACCUGCAGAGAGAUGAGCAGGCCCAGCUUGGGCAGAACCCCCGGAUCCACUGUCCCCCGAGCGAAGAGCCAAGUACAGAGAGCUGGAUGGCCCAGUGGCCCAGCGAGGCCAUGAGCUCUCCAGAAAUACCCAAGGGAGUCACGGUCAUCGCAAGCACCAAUCCAGAGCUGAGAAGACCUCGGUCUGAACCCUCUAAUUACUACAGCAGUGAGAGCCACAAAGAUUAUCCGGCUCCCAAAAAGCAUAAAUUGAACCCUGAGUACUUCCAGGCAAGGCAGGAGAAGCUGCUUUCCACUGCACUGAGUCUGGAACAGCCAAAUAUCAGGAAGCAGAGCCCUAGUUCUAAGCAGGCUGCCCCCGAGCCAAUGAGCCCCAGGGAAGGAGUGAGGGACUGCAGCCGGGAAUCCUCCCCUCCCGCUCCUGAGACUGCAGCAUUCCAAGCCUCUGGAUCUCACCCGGUAGUAAAGUGGAGUUCCAAAGAUCUUUACAUUGGUGUGUCUACAGUGCAGGUGACUGGAAAUCCGAAGGGGACCAGUGUAGGCAAGGACGCAGCGCCUUCACAGGUGCGUCCGCGGGAACCAAUGAGUGUGCUGAUGAUGGCAAACAGAGAGGUGGUGACCACAGACACGGGGGCCUACCGAGACGGUGCAGAGCACGUGGGAUGCUCUCCACCCGUGGAUGACAUCCAGGUGAACAUGAUGACCUUGGCAGAACACAUUAUCGAAGCGACCCCUGACCGAAUCAAGCAGGAGAACUUUGUGCCCCUGGAGUCCUCGGCACUGGAGAGGACAGAGCCUGCCUCCAUUAGCAGUACAAUGAGCUGGCUGGCCAGUUACCUAGCUGAUGCCGAUCGUCUGCCAAGUGCUGCCCAGAUCAGAAGUGCGUAUACUGAGCCUCUGACCCCUUCAUCCAACACCAGCAUGAGCCCUGUAGGCUCUCCUGUCAGUGAAAUAGCGUUUGAGAAACCUAACCUUCCCUCGGCAGCAGAUUGGUCAGAAUUCCUGAGUGCUUCUACCAGUGAGAAGGUAGAGAAUGAGUUUGCCCAGCUAACUCUGUCGGACCAUGAGCAGAGAGAACUUUACGAAGCUGCCAGGCUUGUCCAGACAGCUUUCCGGAAGUACAAGGGCCGACCCUUGCGGGAACAGCAGGAAGUGGCCGCUGCCGUCAUUCAGCGUUGUUACAGGAAAUACAAACAGUACGCACUUUAUAAAAAGAUGACCCAGGCAGCCAUCCUGAUCCAGAGCAAGUUCCGAAGUUACUACGAGCAGAAGAGGUUCCAGCAGAGCCGGCGCGCUGCCGUCCUCAUCCAGAAGUACUACCGGAGUUACAAGAAGUGCGGCAAGAGACGGCAGGCUCGCCGGACCGCCGUCAUCGUGCAGCAGAAGCUCAGGAGCAGUUUGCUAACCAAAAAGCAGGACCAAGCUGCUCGAAAAAUAAUGAGGUUUCUACGCCGAUGUCGUCACAGAGUGAAAGAAUUGAAAAAGGCCAAGGAACUUGAAGACAUACAGCAGCAUCCCUUAGCAAUGUGACAUUGCUUUUCAGACUGUUUUCAUUUCUGUUUUUAGCAGAGACAUGCAACAACUAUACACAUGCGCACACACACACACACGCACACACACACAAUCCCUCUGCAGUUUGGGGAGAUCAGCUGCAGGAUUUUAACGGAAUGUUUUGGUCAUUGCAUUUGCACUUUCAUGGACAACUUUUAAUUUGAUCAGCAAGACAUCUUGGAACUCAAUCUUCUGUUGGAUCGUAGGAAACCAAGACGCCGGGAGGGAUCGCGAGAGGCCCCUCCUCUUAGGAAGAAGUGGUUUUCCUUCUCAUAUAGGGCUGUAUUCAAACAUCGUGUGGAACUGUACAAAUAUUUAUACCAAAAAUAUAGAUAAGAAAAGGUGGGGGAAACACUAGCAACAAAAAGGAUUGCUGGGCCUGCACCUGCCGGUUAUUUCCAAGAAGCUGAACCUUUGGGAUUGAUUCUCAGUGGAGGGCGUAGAUCAUACAAAUCUUUAUCGGGUCCGCGUGUUCUCAUUUCCUUCACUGUUUUGUUUGUUAGGGGUUUCGUUUGUUCGUUUGUUUCAAUCUCUACAGCACACUUAAUGCAACUUUUAAAAUCUGCAGGUUGUUAAUGUCUUGUGGAAAUUUGCAGAGGGGCGGGUGUGUGGUAAACGGGUGAUGCAUGGGAGAUGGGAGAAACGGCUUUCAGAGUUGAAAUUUAUUUUCUUGCCCCUGCACCUCCGAAGAACCUGCGAGGAGUCGCCACCUUGUCCCUUUCUCGUGUCCAGCACUUUAAUUUUGGGCCUUACUUUCAUGUGCAAUGAGAAUUACUUAGGAGUUGGUAAAGCAUGGAGCCUUUUUAGUAACCUUGGAAACAUUCGUGGUUCCAAGGAAUCAUAAACCUUGCCUGGACAUUUGCCACCUAAACCACCAGCGCGGUGCUGCAUCCUAGCCAGCGAAUUCCAUGUGUCUGGCUCUAUCUCAUCCAAACUGAGUGGUUUCCGUGUAUAUAGAGAAGGUAGAAGUGGAAAGUGAGAAAAUAUUUGAAAGGGAUUAUAUUAAUUGCUAAAUAUUUUAUUCACAAAGAUCAAUAACAUGGCAAGAUAAAAUUAUCUGUAUAGUUUUGUCUGAAUGAGGGAGAAAAAAUGGAUGUAUUGUUUGUAUAUAUUGUAUAUAUUAAAACAAAGAGAUAUGUGCAUGAAAUCAAGAAAAAGAAAUGAGCAAAAGCAAAGCAUUAGUGGCUAUGGUCUGUAAAAUGAAACAAAAAAAACUUUAUUUCACUAUAAGAGUACUUUAUUUUAAAUGUUCUUUAGAAGAACAUUUUGCUAAAGCAUGAAUAAACUGCAAAAAAUAAAAGAGCUACUGUAUUUAGACUUAGGAAAAAAAAGGCAGAGUAACAUUACUUAAAAAAAGGAUAUGUUUACAUUUAAUUUUGGCUACCAGGAGUUUAGUUUAUAUUAUUUAAAAUUAUUUUGCCAAUGGUGCCAAGUAAUGUGAAUGCUAAUAUUGCUUGAGAAAAUUAAGUUACUUUUGCAAAACAGAUAAUCCUAAAAUGAAUCUGUAACUUAACAACACCCCCUCACUCCAACAACAAACACUUAGAAUAAUCAGAACCUGACAAAAGAAGUAGUGUGAAGAGUAGAGAAGUAUCACAUUUUCAUAUUGCCUGCUGGAAAAUCAGAACAUGAAAUACAACACUGCACACAAAAUAAAAGUGAAAAACACAUAGAGAGGUCUUGUAGGGAUGCCCUGUGAAUUACUGUUUCCACAUAAUGAGGAGCCAAAGAAAUCUAAUGCUUUUAAAACUCAAACGACUAAUGUCAAAUGGAGAGAAUAAAGCUUGCCAUUUGCUGAUGCCAGUUUUAAAAUUCCCAGGUGACGUUUGAAGAUCAAUUGGUAUAAAAUAAGAUGUUUUGACUUGGUUUUGGUGGCCAACUGUGAGUUGUAAACUCAAGGCUUCUUGUGAAGCCUAAAAAUAUUCACAGAUAAGCUUUU